AUUAAAAAGCGUCAAAAUGUAGUAAUAUUUGCUAUCUUGUUCGCCCGCGUCGCUCGGAGUACGCUUGAGCCAGCUUUCUAGUAAUAUCUGUCUUUUGGCACGUUUUUGCAUUUUUAUAGGAGAAAACUACACAAACUCAUUCGUUAUUUGCAAGGAAUUAAUUCAGAUAGUGUACAAGUUCGAAAACUUUUGGUAAUCCUUGACCUAUUUGCUUUCCUUCAUUAGUUGCCCAUUGUGAUCUUUCUUUCGACGAGCAUGGCCUAUCGGGACAGAACAGCACUGUACAUUACAUUUAGACAAUCAUAUGUUCAUCAUGGAAGCGCUUUGAGCCAGCACUUUUGGGAUCCGGAUGAUGAACGAAGCAAACUUGUGCAACAGGGUGAGAAUAACAAUGUUGCCAUUGAGAUGGAUAUUCUUCCUCCUUCUUGGUUAGAUAUUGAAGCCAGUGUUGAUGGUUUGCUAGAGAAUGCUAAGCAGAAUAUCGCUGUGCUCGAUAAGUACCAUUCUAAGCAUUUGUUACCUAGUUUCUCUGACAAAAGUGAGAUGGAGCAGAGAAUUCAACAGCUCAAUAUUGAGAUUACUAGUGACUUUCAGCGUUGCCAAAAGCUGCUGCAGCAAGUUCGAAAACAAAGUGCCCAAGCUAAAGGUCCAGAAGCAAGAGUUGCAGCAAACUUUAUAACGAGCAUAGCUGGCCGAAUUCAACAGGCUAGUACGAGUUUUAGAAAGAAGCAAUCACUUUACUUAAAACGGAUACGUGGACUAAAUGAUUUUACGACUGACAUCUCACCCAUGGAUGAUGCUGUUUCUGAUGUUGCUAUUUCAAAAUCGACUAUUCAACAGGCUGCUCUUAUGGAAGAACAAGGUGAAGAUCAAAACGCAAUUGAAAAUGAACGGGCAAUAGCGAAAAUUGCUGAAGGAAUUCUGGAAUUAGCUCAAAUGUUCCAAGAGCUUCAAACACUAGUCAUUGAUCAGGGAGCCUUAAUUGAUCGUAUUGAUUACAAUAUCGAACGAACUCAAAACUAUGCACAUUCUGCCGAGAAAGAACUGAAGAAGGCUGAACAAACACAACAUAACACAGGGCGUCUUCGUUUCAUCUGUUUUCUGAUCCUAAUGAUAAUAGCACUAAUUUUCGUCCUUGUAUUCAAGCUCCUCAGUGUGUAGUUGGUUUUCAUUGCCAAUGUCAGAAGCAUAGGCACUAAAGAACGACAUAACACUUCUUCAACCUUUAACCAUUAUACUUAUUUUUGAAAUUAGAACGAGCUUUAAUGAGAAUUUUAUAAUUAAUAUCUACAAAAAGCACUGCAUUAACAAAUA